UAGGGCGAGUCACAGUCACCUGUGGGAGCAGUUGGAGGCCGACUCUUCACUUUAUUGUUGCAGAGUUUGCUGAGGUAGGGGUGCUCAGCGGCGGAGCCCUCCGCUUCAGCUGAAGAGAAUCUGAGCCGCCACUUCUCUGGAACCCCUUGGACCCGCUGUCAGUCACUCACUUCUCGCACUUAGUCACAUCCUGUCCUGGCUUAUUCUUGAAGGGAGUGCAGUGCAAGCCUUCCCUCUGCAGCUGGAAUGGUGGCCCGAGGCAGCCGGGAUGACAGUUCUCCCCAGGAACCCUGCUACCUGCUGAGAAACAUGAUCAGCAAGUCCCCUCCUCUGUGCAUGUACCCUGCAGGCUGGAAGCUCCUGGCCAUGUUGGCUCUGGUCUUGGUGGUCAUGGUAUGGUAUUCCAUCUCCCGAGAAGACAGAUACAUUGAGCUUUUUUAUUUUCCCAUCCCAGAGAAGAAGGAGCCAUGCUUCCAGGGUGAGGCAGAGAGGAGGGCCUCUGUAAUCUUCGGCAACCAUACCCGAGAUCACCCCAUCUUCCUGCAGCUUAAGGAUUAUUUCUGGGUCAAGACACCGUCUGCCUACGAGCUGCCCUAUGGGACCAAGGGGAGUGAGGACCUGCUCCUCCGGGUGCUAGCCAUCACCAGCUAUUCCAUUCCCGAGAGCAUCCAGAGCCUUAAGUGCCGCCGCUGUGUGGUGGUGGGGAAUGGGCACCGGCUACGGAAUAGCUCGCUGGGAGAUGCUAUCAACAAGUACGAUGUGGUCAUCAGAUUGAACAACGCCCCAGUGGCAGGCUACGAGGGUGACGUAGGCUCCAAGACCACCAUGCGGCUCUUCUACCCUGAAUCUGCCCACUUUGACCCCAAAGUGGAGAACAACCCAGAUACGCUCCUGGUCCUGGUAGCUUUCAAGGCAAUGGACUUCCACUGGAUUGAGACCAUCUUGAGUGAUAAGAAACGGGUGCAGAAAGGCUUCUGGAAGCAUCCUCCCCUCAUCUGGGAUGUCAACCCAAAGCAGGUUCGGAUUCUCAACCCCUUCUUCAUGGAGAUUGCAGCCCACAAGCUGCUGAGCCUGCCGAUGCAACAGCUGCGCAGGGUCAAGCAGAAGCCGACCACAGGCCUGCUGGCCAUCACCAUGGCCCUCCACCUCUGUGACCUGGUGCACAUUGCUGGCUUUGGUUACCCCGACGCCUUGGAUAAGAAGCAGACCAUUCACUACUAUGAGCAGAUCACACUCAAGUCCAUGGCGGGGUCAGGCCACAACGUCUCCCGAGAGGCCCUGGCCAUCAAGCGGAUGCUGGAGAUGGGAGCGCUCAAGAACCUGACCUACUUCUAACUUGGCAAACGAACGUAUCAAUUGCUCGGCACUGCCCGGACAACCCCGUCCAUGACUGUGAGAGUACCUGGUGCCAGCACUACCCACUUGGACUCACCCUCUCCUGUUUGGCAGAGGGGUCCCAGGGCUGGCCCAGCCUAAGACGAGUCCACACCCCUGGCUGCUCUCAUGGAGCGCAGAGCCAGCCAGGGCACAGGCACUGGGCCACGGGAGCCCGUCCAAGGCAGGGGGCUUAGUGCUGAGGCAUCCCCUCUCUGCCAGCACCCAGAGAUUAUUUAACGGACUAUUUAAUUAUGACACAGGAGAGUGCUGUGGGCUGGUCCCAUGGCAUCCAGAAGUUUUUAUAACUUACAUGUGAUGGGCCUCCCAGGAGAGUGGAGGUAUCAGAGUGGGUAGGUGCCCUCCAGAGAGAGGUUGCUACCUCCCAGCGGGCAUGGGAAGAGCACUAGUGAGGGGGGCCACCCAAAAGUGGACCUCAUUAAAAUAUUUUUCCUAAAACGGAA